AUGGACGAGAAGGCCUACAAUACUGCGUCUUCUACACGGCCGAGAAUAAUUUCGCCCACAGAAUUACCGCGAAUAGACACCGAAGAACAAAAGGUAGUUGAAAGCCAUGAUGAAGACAAUGAAGUAGGCAUUGUUAAUAUGGAAGGCAUUGAAAGUGAUUGUGAUGAUGAAGAAGACGACAACAUUAUCGAACAAGAUACAAUCCUUGACGAUUGGACUAUUGUGCUUGAUGAGCUUGAUCGAAAGAUGAGCAAGAAUACAAUGCAUCCGUUCAUUUCAUUAAACAGGCUAUGGCAUUACAUAUGA